UUAUGCAAACACAAGUAUAUGAAGGUUUGUGUGAAAAUUAUUUUUCUCUCGCUGAACCACAAAGGCAUAGAAUCAAAGUGCUUCUUUCGGACAUACUGGCUUUUCUUUCUUUCUUUCUUUUUUCCUUCUCUCUUGUGGAUAUUAUGGCUAAUAAUACAACAAGUUUAGGGAGUCCAUGGCCAGAAAACUUUUGGGAGGAUCUUAUAAUGUCCUUCACAGUGUCCAUGGCAAUUGGACUUGUCCUUGGAGGAUUGAUUUGGGCUCUGUUUGUUUGCUUGUCUCGAAGGAGAGCCAGUGCCCCCAUCUCGCAGUGGAGUUCAAGCCGGCGACCUAGGUCUUCUUACACCCACGGCCUCAACAGAACUGGAUUUUACCGCCACAGUGGCUGUGAACGUCGAAGCAACCUCAGCCUGGCCAGUCUCACUUUUCAGCGACAAGCUUCCCUGGAACAAGCAAAUUCCUUUCCAAGAAAAUCAAGCUUCAGGGCUUCAACUUUCCAUCCCUUUCUGCAAAGCCCACCACUUCCCGUGGAAACUGACAGUCAGCUGAUGACUCUCCCUUCUUCCAACACCUCUUCUACCGUCAACACUUCCCACAGUCUGAGCCGUCCUGAUUUCCACUGGUCCAGUAACAGUCUUCGAAUUGGCCUUUCAACACCGCCCCCACCUGCCUAUGAGUCCAUCAUAAAGGCAUUCCCAGAUUCCUGAGCAGGGUGCUUUGGCUUUUAAUUUGUUUCUUUCUUUUCUUGCCUUUUAUUGAAAGGAAAUCGUAAGUAGGCUAAACAGAAUUUUGAGGAAAUGGCCCAGAUGACUAAUGCCUUUCCAAGGUGAAAUAUGCUUGUGCAAGUUGGACAUUACAAUGUAAAACACCUUUUCUUAAACAUGUUUUUUUCUUUUUGUCUCACAAAAAUUAAUAUUUUUUCAAAUAGUUAUAUAUUUAUGUCUUUUUUUAUUCAAUAUGAGGAUUAUUAAAGAUAGUGAUGCUAAUCUAAGAAUCAGCUGUGAUGCAGUAUAUAUAUUUUAAACUAAAAUAAAAACUUUAGAUAUUUGUGAUUUACAAUCCUCAUUCACUUUCCAAAGUGACUA